AUGCGUCUCUUUGGUCUUGCAGCAGCAGCUGCACCCAUUGGCCUGACAGCUGCAGGCGUCAUUCAGGCCCGAACCUCUGAGGAGACCUGCUCCAAUCUGAUUUCCACCGGCGAGGUCUUGCACUUGUCUCUUAACAUUGUGGAAUACCCUAUUGUUGUCGAUGUUCAGCUCGAGCAAAACACUGUUGUUACUGUUGACAAGACUAUUCUGAUUGCAUGCACCAACGCUCCUACUCGUCUGCACACCACGGUGCAUGCCAUCUCUACCGAGACUGUCACCAGGACUAUUUCCACUGCUACCGUCACCGCAACCGGUGAGGUUGUUUCCAGUGCUACUGAUACUGCUACUGCUGGCAAUGACAGGGGUCGCACUGUUACAACCAAGCUUGGCACCAACACCGCCGGCUCCAACCCUGAGCAGACUGCUACCGAUUCUACCGGAAGCAUUGCCCCAGUGGCCGGUGGCAAUGCUGUGGGUUCUGGCAUUAACACCAAUCUUUACACUGCCUCCACGUCCAACACUGCUGUUCACACGGUGACUUCGACCGCUUACCACCGCGGAAGUAGCAUGGUCAAGACCUACACCACCACUAUUGCCUCUGCUAUCCCUACUGCCACACUUGCCACCGGCGUGUAUACCGACUGGACAAAAUUCAAGGCUAAUGGUGUUAACCUUGGAGGCUGGCUAGAGCAAGAAAAGGUCUUCGACCAGUACUGGUGGGACCAGUACGCCCCCGAUGCGGAUGAUGAAUGGACCUUCUGCGAGACUUUGGGUGACCAGUGCGGUCCCGUUCUGGAGCAGCGUUAUGCUUCUUACAUCACCACCGACGAUAUUGACAAGGUUGCCGCGGUUGGUGUCAACACCCUGCGCAUUCCCACCACUUACGCUGCUUGGAUCCAGUUCCCUGGAUCAGCUUUGUACCACGGCAACCAGAAGGAGUAUUUGAAGAAGAUUGCCACAUAUGCUAUCGAGAAGUACAACAUGCGUAUCGUCGUUGGUCUGCACUCUCUUCCUGGUGGCGUGAACUCUCUCGAUAUCGGAGAGAAGGCUGGCAACGACGGCUGGUUCCAGAACUACACCAACCUGGCUUGGUCUUACAAAGCAGUCGACCAGGUCCUGGACUUCUUCGCUUCCGACAACCCGUCGGCCUUCGCAUCUCCUAACACCCUGACCACUAAUGGCACCAACUGGAUUCUCAAGUAUACCAGUGGUGUCUUGGCUCGCGUCGCCCGCGUUGAUAAGCGCAUCCCCGUCAUGCUGCAGGAUUGCUUCCUCGGCGAAGAGCACUGCGGCACCAACCUGGUCAUCGACACCCACGUGUACUAUUUCGCUGCCUCGGGUGUCUAUUCGCAGUGGGCUAACGGCGCCAUCUGUGGUCAGGCCUCCGUUGUUGGCGGUGAUGGCAAAUUCCCUGUUUACAUCGGUGAAUGGGCCUUGCAGACUCUCUACAGCAACACUUUCAGGAACCGCAAGAACCUCUUUAACACUCAGCGUUAUGCUUGGAGCUACUUCGCCCAGGGCGGCUCGUUCUGGAACAUCAAGCACAACAGUAGCGCCGCUGUUGAUGGACAGGGUACACAGCGUGAUUACUGGUCUUACGAGCGUCUUAUUGAUGCUGGUGUCAUCAACCAGCCAGUUUCAAACGCCACCUACUGCUAA